UGGUACUCAAAACAGCGUGGGUAGGUUAAAAAGUCUGUUUUCGGUUUUAUACAGCAUCACAUUGGCCUUAUCUUAUUUUAUAUUAGAGAAGUGUCUUUUCACAAGUACGUCGAGUUGCUACUCUUCUGCCAUUCAUUUAGAUCGGUUGCACACAUUUUUAUGUCGGUGUUUUGGUUUCCCUACACAUGAUUAAAUCUGUACUGUCGGCGAGGCUCGGGUUACAGCCUUUCUAAUCAGAUAUAAAAUAGGUGAUUAAUUCAUAUGAUUUCAAGGAUUGACUUUAGUGUUUAGGCACCCGGGCAGUAUCACAGCCCUCACACAUCGAAUCAGAUUUGUGUGGCGCAUAUGUAUUUGGUGCCUCCUUGUAGCAAUAUCUAUGUGUUAAAUCAAAUAAAUAAAUGAAUCAAUAUGAGAUCUAAGGAUGAUUCGGAGUCUGGGUCGUACCUAGUUGCUUCCUUCCCAUGUUGCACUAGAGCACAUGUGAUAACCACAUCAACCAGUUUCUGUCCAAAGGACUUUUGUGAUGAUUCAAUUCUCAGAUUUUGCCAGUCUAUCGUGGGUGCGUUUAAGUGUCCUAAGAUUAAACGUCGACCACUUUAUAACCAUGUGUUGUGACCAUCUAGCAAGAUUUCGUUCACCUCAGCUUGAACUGCGGUAGGUCAAACCAAUCAUCAGCUCUUGCUGUGUGUUUCAAGCAGCAACUAACUAAUUCACACGCUCCACUCAUGGGAUACGUAAUCAAUGACGGUAAACGGUGUAGUAUUUCUAGUGAGUAACUCCAGCCAAAGCUAUUCUUGAGCUACUGCCGGUCCCAAGACGGGAAAAGUGAGGAGGGUUGAACAUAGAAUCAGCAACCGCAUCCCGUUGAAAACAACUUUGCUAAAUGUACAUUUACCAUAAAAACAACUUGGACCAAUGUAUAUCUGUGCUGGUCCUACGUUGUAGCUCACUGACUCCUUGACUAUGAAAUACAACUGAACUGUUACUAUGAUCAGUCUUGAAUUUCUCAGUUACUGUAUGAGGGACUGGCUUUUCUUUAGUAACCUUACGUUGUUUCUUAUUCUUGAUCUGUAUUCAUUCAUCAACUUCCAUUGGAAUAGCAAUGACAGUCACGUUAGACACAUUGUGGGAUCCUGGACUAUUGUUGAUGACUUGGCUAGUCAGGUUUUUAUUUUUCCUGCUAAAAAUGGACCUAGUCUUACUAUUAAGUUUUCUAGGCGUUUCCCGUUGACAGUCAUUCUCAGGACGUUGGACAGAAGAAACUUCCUUUGAGCUUUUGUUUCUAACAAGCCCCUUUAUAAGCUGUCCUUUCUUUGGCCCAUGUAAGUCAAACGAUUCUGAGCUUCUCUGAGGUAACUUCACAUCAAUUUGUGUAUCGACCGAGCGAGUACUGUCUGUUGUGUCGUCUACGCUCGUUAAUACUUGUUUUGGCAGCAUUCACCAUUACAAUAGCUUUGGAUAGCAAGCUGUUUGCGUCCGAGCGGCACUACCUACACAACCACGCAUCUAUUUUCACUAGACCGUUUAAAAGCCGCAGGCGUUAGGUUUGUGUAAACUUCGUCGUACCAUCCUCUGCACUCAUCGCACUGCGUGCCACUUUCCACAGGGUAUCAACAGACUGGGCGUUAGCGACCGCUUUUGCACUAUCCAGCCAUUAAUCGGAAGUUUUCAAAGGAAACGACACACUACCCAGAGACAAGAGAAAUUAAUGACCAAGUUGUUAGAAUCGGAAGUGCAAACAAAAACAAAGGACCAGUGUACUUAAAAGUACCGAUGAUAAGUUACUUAAAAAAACGAUACUCUUGGCGAAUACUUUAACUGAAAUGAAUUCAAUUUAAGUGAAAACGGUAGUUUUGAUGCGUAAUUUACGAUCACAUCAAUAAAAUUAACUUGGCGAGGAAAAAUACCACUGUCCCUUUUAAAUAGCGUCGGUCGAAAAACGUUGCAAGCACUUAUUCCGUGUUCAAUUUCUCAUCAGUGACUAGUGUUAAUAUGAAUGCCAUUCAAGUGGACUUCACUAAAGUAGUCUAAAGACCCCUCAGAUUUAACUUUAGUCCCGGCUUGUACGUACGAAUUCUAUAUCUGUAACAGAAAUUCUAUCACUUAUCUCUGUGCUAAUGUGGUAUGGCAACUCGAACUGAUGUACGUACGUACGAAAUUCUACGUUGUUCAUGACUGACUGACUUCUGUCACUAAUCAAUCCUCAUAUUAUUGUAAGAAAUGCCAUGCGGGUCCUCGUGAUACGUUUUUCGAAUUCCUGACUUAUGGUAGUUGCAACCAUCUAUAAAAAAUAAGUUUUUCUCUCCCUGAAUCCGUGAAGAGCAAUGACCUACGUAGGUUUCUGCUUUACAGUCGUUUGUAUUAUUUACUGGAAUUUGAAAACAUUACUUUGUGUAUUGCCGUUACUUUAUUCUACAGGAUUAUAGAAAAUGGUGACUUUGCCCCUUGCGUCGUUCAGCACGUAAUGGGUUUUCUGAAAGGCAUAGACCCAUUGCUGAGCUAUUCUUAAAAUUAUCGCUGUACACUUUCAUGGUUAAAAGUUAGAUAUAUGUUAGAUGCUAUUAUUCAGGGUCUGUGUUCUAGUGUAUUACUAAGGUAAAAAGAUGCGGUGAACGAAGGCCUCUAUACAUGUAUUCAAACUUCGAACUUUCACCUAUAACAACUGUCUAUGACUGGGCAUGUUUUUCGUUACAUUAUCUGAAAUGUGGGAUUUUAGCUUUAAUCUUGUAGUUAACAUAUUGGUGACUUAUACAAGCAAACUGCGCUUUUUCUUUGGUGAGGUGUGAAACCAUGUCCCGAUAAUCAGGUUUAAAUGUUUAUAAAGGUUUAUCAAAACUAGUGUUCUAUUUUCCCGGUAUAAGGUGGUCGUUAUGCUGCUCAAAAUACAGUGCUACAUGUCAUUUCACUUUCUCGGAAUCCUGAGGGGAGUAGGGAUAGACUUAGCAGUCUUUGCGCCAAAUCGAAUAAAAUAUAGCGAUCCAAAAACCUAUUUCUUGAUGCCAAGCCCGUUUUCGAUUCACUUCAUAAGACACUCGAUAUCCAUCAAACUAAACGUUUAGUAUUGACUCGUCUUUCAUUUGCAUUUUACUUUCUUAAGUUUAUCAAGCAGUCUCAACUCGUUUAAAAUUUACUUUACAUUAUUUCAUCUAAAAUUGUUGCUAUAUUACCAAAUAUUUCUGUAAAACUACAUUUUCAGGAUGACAGAAGAAACUGUGGUAGAGGAAAUCAAUUACGAGGAACAAUAUGGUGUAUUUCAUCAACCUUUGUGAACCAAAUCCACAUCCUGGACAAUUCAUUGUGAUUACUAGACUAGUAAUCUCUUGUUGUGUAUCUCUCUCACACCACGCUUUGAUAUUUCCCAUGGAAGCUAAUUUUUCCUAGCUGGUGCUUGUCGAAGAGAAUAAAAAGUUGAAGAUUGAUAUUUCAAGUUUGCAGUUAAGCAAUCGAAGCCUUGUCAAUCAGAAUAGGGAUGAGAAAAAAAAGGUUAUGGAUUGUCGUUUGCAGAUUGCUGAUUUAGAAGGGCGUCUUAAGGCGUUCGAUGCCACAAAGCAGGAAUUAGCCGAUUCACAAGGACAAUGUGAACGUGUACGUAUGACAUUAGAAAGUUGUGAAGCUAAAUUAGCUGAUGCUGAAAGGCGUGCAGAUGAAGCAUCCGGUUUGAUAAAGAUCAAGGAUAGCAUUAUCGUGAAACAAAGCAAUUUCACAAAGGAGAUUGAAGAACGCUUGAGAAAUAUCACGGAGGAACGAGAUAAUUUGUUACAUAAAACCUCUAAUCUAGAGACGGAAUUAAAUAUAGCUAUUGUUAGAGGUGAAGAUGCUGAUGACUUAAAAGAACGAUUGAAGGCGUUACAGGAACUUUUUGAUAAUCUGGUCAAUGACCGUUCCCAAACAACUAGUGAGAGUGGAUUAGCUGCUGCUAAUGAGUAUUUCAAAUCCGAACAGGCUAAAUCUGAAAACCGUAUCUCAGAACUUAAAGAAGUUAAAAGUGGAUUGGAGCAAAAGAUUGAAGAACUAUGUGGCGAUAAAAAGCAACUACAAAUACAGUUGGAACAACAACUAGAUGAAUAUGAGAAGCUGGGUGAGAAAUGCGCGACUCUGGAAGCACGUAUCAAGGAAAUGGCACAUUCUGAAAGAAGAUAUGGUGGUGGUAUGCUUGGCGGUCGUCUGAUUGGACCCACUUUACCUCCAUGGAUCGCUGAUGACAAAAAGCUGGAAAACGAUCUAGAACGACUUUCAAAGACUGAUCCUGCUACUCUGCGUGCAAAGGUCAUGGAACUAGAAAGCCAAGUCAACGAGCUCAAUCAACUUCUGACUUAUCGGGAAGACGUGAUUCUCCGUAUUCAUGAGGAAAUAUCGAAAAAGGCUUCAAAACUCGAAGCCGCCGAUGUUGAACGUUCAAGUCUUACAGCUCAAAUCAGUAUACUGAAACGCGAGUUGGCAACGGCUCGUGAAGACUUAGCUCGUCGAGGAGUAGGUCCUAUUGAAUUAGAAACUGAAAUUGAACGUUUACGAAGUAAACGAGAUAGAGAAUAUCAACGACGCAAGCGAACUGAAACCGACUUAGAGAACAUGGAAAAAGAAAACCAGGAGUUGAAACAAAGAAUCAAGAGACUAGAAGAAGCAGCGAUAGCUACUCCUCCUAAACCAAUAAUUCCUCAAAGUGAUCCUUCUGACAGAAAUAAAAUCAUUGAGCUACAAGGCGCUGUUAAUCAACUUCGAAUGGACAAUGAAGCUAAGCGAUCGGAGCUUUUCGACCUGCGAUCACGAUUUGAUGCUAAAUCUGCACAGGUUGAUAAAAUGUCUGCCGAGUUUAAAACAAAAGAACGCCUUUGUUCCGAGCUCACAACUCAGCUUGCAAAUACUCGUGGCCAGCUGGAAAAUACUAUAAAAGAGCUGGAAUCAGUCCGAUGCAGAGCUGUGCGCGGUGGUGCGGAAGUUGAACGUUGGCAUUCAGACCUAACAAGUUUGCAAACUACCAAUAAAUUUCUUUCUUCACAGUUAAACGAUUUGAGAAAUAAAGUAAUUGCGAAAGACAAAAUGAUUGUCGAACUAGGCAAACGUUGUGAAAGUAUUCUAAAUAGUCAUCCUAUUCAAGCUCACGAAGAGCCACAUGUGAGCGUUAACGGAGAUGAAGGUGUGUGCUCACGUUGUCAGGAGCGUCUGUUUACUGAAGACAAUCAACAGUCGAAUGAACUGGAUAUAAUUUCUCAGCUUAAAGCUAAACUGUCUUCAAUGGAAGAUCGUUGUAAAACCUUAAUGGCUGAAGCAGUUCAAACCCAACAGGCAAAUGAGAAUGUAAAAUCUCAGUUGGAGUCCGAACUUGCUAAUGCCCAACAGUCUGUACAAAAGUUGUCCGAAGAAGUUGCCCGAGAAAAAGAGACAGCAUACAAUUCAACCUCUCGCGUCCAAGAACUCACUGCUCAAGUAAAUAAGUUAGAAACAGACCUUUCUCAAACCAGAAUGCAACUAAUAGAAGCUCAGUCAGAUCAUCAAAAAGAAAACGAUAUCAAUGCAUCAGCUGCCUCACCUCCUGCCAAACGAACUAGGCGAAGUACUAAUGCUGUGAAUAAUGUCAAAGCGAAUUCAAAGAGUAAUCAGGAUCAUUCAUCCGGUGGGCGUCAUUGACAUACACACUACAAUGGUUCCAUUUAAUAUUCCACCUACAUUACCAACAUCCAGGGUUUCAUCCGAUUAAUUUAUGGUUUCAUUUCCAGUCAAAGAAAUCCCACAAGAAUCGAUUCUCUCCCGGAUAUCUUACUAGUUUUGUUAUGAGUUUUCAUUAUUUCUAAACUAUUCGUGUGUUAUUAUUAAUUUCUUCUCUUAACUCUGAUAUAUUCUACAUAUGUACACAUUAAGAACUUUUUAUCGAAGUUGCAUUUUCUCCGCUCUAUAUGCGGUCUUUUGUUUCUUUUUAUUUUAAAAAUAAAUGAUGGAAAUUUGUUACCUUUUUUGCCUUUUAAACAUAUUCGUAUAGUAGUAACGGUAAAUACAUUGUUUGUUUAAUGUGAUGCCUUUAAAAAGGGAAAUCAUGUACAAUAAAUCUGAUCUUAUUGUCUAUAUCUAAAUUUUUUUAUAUUUUAUCAAUAAGGAAUUAGUAUGAUGUAUUUUAUGAAUCAAGUAAUCUAUGUUCUUAAAAAAAGGUAAUAAUCGUCUCCUGAAAUACCAAAGCAUCAUGACUAAACAUUCAAGAAAAUUAUUCACAUCCUAUCGCCGACUCUAGAAAAUGAAAGUUGAUUUAACUUAGUAUUCAUAAAUGGAAUUCAAUGUAGAUGUUUCAUUCACUAUUCAUGUUGAAUAUACAAUGGUUAGAAAAAGAAAAUCACAUCAGUUAUAUUUCUAUUGAUAAUUAGGAAAUUAUCGAAGAUAUGUAGUUUGUUUUGAACAAAACUAAUUAGUAAAGUAUUGUCUUGACGAUAAAUAUACUGUCGUUUCUAUAUAUGUACCGGAAUUAGUAAGAAAAUAAACUCGGAGUCUACAGUAGUUUUCCUUUAUUUACUGAAAUAAGUAGUAUAUAACUUUACAAACUUCUGGCGAGUUCUUUUGUCUGUUUACCAAUGAUUAAAAACUUUAAACAGAACUUCAAUGUGACAACUUUGUCGGUGCGUUUUUUAUCUUGAUGCAGAUGAAUUUUUGUUCUCAAGCUUGAUCGUCCUGGAUAACAACCGAACAAACUUCAAAUUGAAGUGAGCUGUUCGAAUUUUUACUCAUCAUUGUCGACCUUGAUCUCAAUUGGUUAUAUCUGACCAUUGUCCUGUCUUCGUCCUCAGAAUUCUGAAUCGCUUGAUUCUAUGAAUUUUGUACUCAUGUUCAGAAGAUCAAUCAAUGCUUUACAAUUGAGCUACUCAGCAUAUCAAAAUACAUAAUUUCUAAUAGUCAAACUCGUAACUAGGGUGGUUCAUUUGUAGUAUUAUGCAUAUAAACAGGUAUCUUACAAAACUUGUGAAAUAAAGAACUAGACCCACUGCCAAAACUUGUUUUAAAGUUCUAUAAGUUCUGUUAACUGAGGAGAUACAACUUAACAGUGCUCGAAAUCAGCGAAACACAUUGAACCGAAGCUGGACUGAGAGGAAUCGAUUCAGGAGAGAUACUGCAGUACACUGAUCACGGAGAAGAAAAUGCUCCACACACAUGGAGUUGCACUGAUAUUGUCCAAAGAAGCACUCAUGGAUUCGAGAUCACCAAAGUAUCCUGUAAAACAAGGAAGUAGGGGUUCACAAUGCAUGUUAUCUAAUGCUAUACACCCACUGAUAAUAGCAGUGAAGACGAUAAAGAUCAGUUUUACCAGGGGCUGCAGUCUAUCAUAAACGAAUGUACAGGAGAGGACUUAACCAUCCCCAUAGGAUACCUAAAUAUCAAAGUCGAAAUGAACAACACCGGAUGUGAAGAUAUGAUGGGACGAAAUGGACUGACUGGGAGAAAGGAACGAGAUUUGCAAAUUUAUGUACAAUGAACAAAAUGGUUGUAGGAUCUAUAUUCCCACAUAAACACAUUCACAAGGCUACAUGGGUCUCAUCCGACCAAAUCACGGAGAACCAGAUUGAUCAUAUUUGUAUUACUAGUAAAUUCAGAAGGUCAAUGGAAGGUGUGACAAACGAGAGAGGGACUGACAGCUCCAGAUGACCACCUAGUAGUUGCCAUGAUGAAACUGGAGCUUAAGAAUCACUGAAUAAACAGCAUAACAAACCUUCAAUACAGCCUUCCUACGAGAUAUUGACAAACUCCACGAAUUCAAGUUAGCUCUCAGUGACAGGUUCCAAGCCUUACAAGAUCUACUGAAAGAAGAAGAAACUAGUAUGGAGGACAACAGGAAAGGGAUCAAAGAAGCACUAACUUCAACGUGUCAGGAGGUAAUGGGCCACAAGAAGCAUAAGAAUAUACAGUGAAUUUCUAUGGAAACUCUGGGGAGAAUUCAUGAAGAGGAAAUAGCAAUCAACAACAGUCGGACGAGAGCAGAAAAGGCCAAUGAACAGGCCGAAUAUGCAGAAACAAACAAGAGAAUGAGGAGGAGCAUUCGAGCCGACAAGCAGAAAUAUGUGGAAGACCUAGUAAUGACGGCGGAGAAAGUUGCCAGAGAAUGAAAUAUGAGACGACUAUAUGGUGCGACGAAGGAACUGGGAGGGAAAUAUUGUAAGCCGGAGAGACCGGUCAAGGACAAAGAAGGUAGGCCAAUCACUGAUAUUCAAGGACAGAGGAGCAGAUGGUGGAACACUUCGAGGAAUUUAUAAAUAGACCAGUUACAGUGAAUCCACCCGAUAUCGAAGCUGAAUACACAGAUCUUCCUAUAGAUGUCAAUUCACCAACGGUCGAAGAGAUAAAGUUGGUCAUCAAACAAUUCAAGACUGGGGAAACAGCACAACCUGACAAUAUACCAGCUGAAGUCAGACAUAAAAGCAACUGCAAAGGUGCUCCGCAUUCUUUUUAGGACGAUUUAGAGGAAGAACAAGUGUCAGUGACAAACUGGAAAGAACGAUAUCAAGAUAGCAAAGAAAGGAGAUCUGAGCAAAUGUUCGAACUACAGUGAAAUCACACUACUAUAGAUACCAGGGAACGUUUUCAAGAGUAUUGCUGAAAUGGAUGAAGAAUUCGGCACACACCCAACUUUGGGAUCAACAGACUGGAUUCCGUAAGGACCGGUCGAACACAGACCAAAUCGCGACACCACUGAUGAUUGUUGAGCGAUCGAUUGAAUGGGAUUCGUCACGACACAUCAAUUUCCUUGACUAUGAGAAAGCGUUUGACAGUGUGGGUAGGAAAAUCUUACUCGACACUGUUGUACCUGAGAAGAUCGUCAACAUUAUCCGGGAUUCAUACGACGGACUACACUGUAAAGUGCAUGAAGGACAGCUGGCAGACGCAUUCCAAAUGAGAACCGGGAUCAGACAUGGCUGCCUACUCUCCUCCUUUUUCUUUCUUCUGGUUGUUCAUUGGAUUCUGAAGACCUCCAAAUCUGAGGGAAAGCACGGAAUACAAUGGGCAGGUUGAAUGCAUCUAGACGAUAUGUACAUCUGUAUUCUAAAUUCAAUAACUGUACUUUCAUUCCUGUUUAUUGGAAAUGGCAACUAGACUCACUAUUGGAUUUCCGUUUUUAUUUAGACACUAUCAAGGCUCAUUUUUAAAUUACUAUGUAUUACUUCUUGUUAUGUUUUGUUUAGGCACAAUUUACUCCCGUAAAGAAUUUAUGGAAAAUAAGUGCACCAGCUCUAGGCCUUUACAUACGUUCUACACCCAGAUUUAUCCUAUAUCAUACAAAAUGCACACUCACGACAACAUCGAACUUGAAUCGGUCUAUACUCAAACAAAUAUUUCUUUCAUUUCGAGCAAUGUUUUGUCGCGAACGACCACGUCUGGUUGGCGUAGAUAAAUCAGGCAAUCGAUAUUUUGAAGCACCACCAAAUAAAGCAAGUGAACAUACUCAUUUAUCAAAAUUACCAAAGAGGUUUUUUCUUAUGCCUGGACAAAAUGGAUUAGAAUGUUCACAUGGGAAUAUGGAUGUAGAAUUAUCGUCUGUACCUCCUGAAUGGCAUUCAUGGUUGAGUCAUCGACGUUCUAAUCCACCUACAGAAGAAGAGAUAGAAGCUAAUGCUGUAUCUAUGAUCAACCGUCUUAGUCGUGCAGCAGAAUUGGAGGUAAAAUAUAAUGAAGAACGUCAAGAAAUGAUUAAACAAGGAUUGUUACAUACUGAUAAAGUGGAAUCGUCUAACAUUCAUAGUAAAUCUUCAUUUCCUGUUUAUUCUGAUUUACAAAUUUCUCCGGACGAAAGUCAUAAAGGUACAAAAUAGAAAUUCAGAAGAGAAGCAAUUGAAUAAAAAGUGUCUAAUGUGUUAAGUAGAUUUAUCCCUCAUAUCCGAUCUUACUUGUAGAGAAUCUUUGAUCUGUAUUAUUCAAUGUAAUUAUUUUGUGAAUAAUAUGUGAAAUUUUUGACAUUUCUAUAUAUGAAGUGAUAUCUUCGCAAUUAUGUGUUAUUCUUUACCCAUUACACAAAACUGUUCGUUAUCAUUUAGAAAUUGACCACUUCUCGUUCGAUGUUGAAUGUUUGAUCAAGAUCAUAAAUACCACAGU